AGGAGGAGGAGGAGGGAGGCCGGCUCGCGCGGAGCGGGAGAGCGCGGCCGGCUCGGCAGGCUGGGAUCCGAGCUCGUGGCUUCCGGGAGGCGCCCGAGGCCGGAUAAAUACCUCCCAGGCUCCCGGGGACAAGCGGACGCUACCCUCACCGCCGUCCGCGCCGCCCGCACAGCCCGCACAGCUGUCCGCAGGGCACCGAGCUGCCCGGCUUAGGCGCGGCGCCCGCUCCUCCUCCUGCGGCCGGCGCGGAGCAGCGGAGAGCGGCGGGCUCGGCCGCCGGCGCCCGGGCCGAGGAGCCGAUGAGCGGCGGCGGCUGAGGGCCCGGGCCGGCCUCUGCCCGCCCUCCGCCCGGCGCCCGAGCGUGGCCGCAGCGCCCGGGGCGCGGGGUCCGGGCCGGUGACAUGGGGGCGGACUGAAGCACCGGGGCGGCCGAGCGCUCUCUCUAGAGCCGCGGGGCUCUCCUCCGCGGCUGCGGCUGCUGCGGGCGCCCGGCCCGGUGCGCUGUGCCCGGGGCGCCCGCGGGAGCGUCCGGGCGCCCGCGGGAGCGUCCGCUGCGCUUCUAUGCGCCUCUGCGGGCGCCGUGGGCCCGGACCAUGGCGAUAGACCGGCGGCGCGAGGCAGCGGGCGGCGGGCCCGGGAGGCAGCCGCCGCCGGCCGAGGAGAACGGCUCCCUGCCGCCCGGGGACGCGGCGGCCUCGGCGCCCCUCGGGGUACGCGCGGGCCCCGGCGGCGGUGGUGGGGAGAUCCAGCCGCUGCCCGCCCCGCAUCCGGCCGCCGGCGGCCCGCACUCGGGCUGCAGCUCGGCGGCGGCGGCCCCGAGCCUCCUGUUGCUGGACUACGACGGGUCGGUGCUGCCCUUCCUCGGGGGCCUGGGCGGGGGCUACCAGAAAACCCUCGUGCUGCUCACCUGGAUCCCGGCGCUGUUCAUCGGCUUCAGCCAGUUCUCGGACUCUUUCCUCCUGGACCAGCCGAACUUCUGGUGCCGCGGGGCCGGCAAAGGCGCGGAGCUGGCGGGGGUCACCGCCACGGGCCGGUGGGACGCCAGCGACUUGGCCAACUGGACCAGCCCCCCGACCACCCCCUUCUCCACUGCCUCCUGGGGAGCCGCGGGCAACCUUAGCAACGGCAGCGGCGGGGACGGGGGUGACACGCCACCCCUGCCGUCCCCUCCGGACAAGGGGGACAACGCCUCUAACUGCGACUGCCACGCGUGGGACUACGGCAUCCGCACAGGCCUCGUCCAAAACGUGGUCAGCAAGUGGGAUCUUGUGUGUGAUAAUGCCUGGAAGGUCCAUAUCGCUAAGUUCUCCUUACUGGUUGGAUUAAUCUUUGGCUACCUAAUAACUGGAUGCAUUGCUGACUGGGUCGGCCGGCGGCCUGUGCUGCUGUUCUCCAUCAUCUUCAUUCUGAUCUUUGGACUAACCGUGGCACUGUCCGUGAAUGUGACAAUGUUCAGCACCCUCAGGUUCUUUGAAGGAUUCUGCCUGGCUGGAAUAAUUCUUACCUUGUAUGCAUUACGCAUAGAGCUGUGCCCCCCCGGAAAACGGUUCAUGAUCACGAUGGUGGCGAGCUUCGUGGCCAUGGCGGGGCAGUUCCUCAUGCCCGGGCUGGCCGCCCUGUGCCGGGACUGGCAGGUCCUCCAGGCCCUCAUCAUCUGUCCCUUCCUGCUCAUGCUGCUCUAUUGGUCGGUCUUCCCCGAGUCCCUGCGGUGGCUGAUGGCUACCCAGCAGUUUGAGGCUGCCAAGAAGCUCAUCCUGCACUUCACGCAGAAGAACUGCAUGAACCCCGAGAGUGACAUCAAAGGUGUGAUGCCUGAGCUGGAGAAGGAGCUUUCCCGGAGGCCCAAGAAGGUCUGCAUCGUGAAAGUGGUGGGAACCCGGAACCUGUGGAAAAACAUCGUGGUCCUGUGUGUGAACUCGCUGACGGGCUACGGGAUCCACCACUGCUUUGCCCGGAGCAUGAUGGGCCACGAGGUGAAGGUGCCGCUCCUGGAGAAUUUCUAUGCCGACUACUACACCGUGGCAAGCAUCGCCCUGGCGUCCUGCCUGGCCAUGUGCUUGGUGGUCAGGCUCCUGGGGCGCAGGGGCGGGCUGCUGCUCUUCAUGAUUCUCACCGCCCUGGCCUCGCUUCUGCAGCUUGGGCUCCUCAACCUGAUUGGGAAGUACAGCCAGCAUCCAGACUCAGGUAUGAGUGAUAGUGUCAAGGACAAAUUCUCCAUCACGUUUUCCAUCGUGGGCAUGUUCGCCUCCCACGCAGUGGGAAGCCUCAGUGUAUUCUUCUGUGCCGAGAUCACCCCCACGGUAAUCAGGUGCGGCGGGCUGGGGCUGGUGCUGGCCAGCGCGGGCUUCGGCAUGCUGACGGCGCCCAUCAUCGACCUGCACAACCAGAAAGGCUACUUCCUGCACCACAUAAUUUUUGCCUGCUGCACGCUCAUCUGCAUCAUCUGCAUCCUCCUGCUGCCUGAGAGCAGGAACCAGAACCUGCCCGAGAACAUCUCCAACGGGGAGCACUAUACUCGGCAGCCGCUCCUGCCCCACAAGAAGGGGGAGCAGCCCCUCCUGCUCACCAACGCCGAGCUCAAGGACUACUCCGGCCUCCACGAUGCGGCCACUGCAGGGGACGGGCUGCCUGAGAAUGCCACGGCCAAUGGCAUGAAGUCCAUGUAGCUCUGGGCACGGACUUCCCUACAGGGGGCACUGUGGGCACUGGGGACUUGGGGGCUGUUUGGGCACAGGUUUACAGACCGGGGACCAAACACGUGGCUGGGGGGCAGGAAAAUCAGGUUCUGCAGUUGCUGCCGUGGAUCCCAAGACCGUCAGCUGGUGUGGGUGGGUAAAUUCUGUCUUUCCAGAACUUUAAGGAUCAUGUGUGUGAGGAAGCAAACUCUUUGAAAAUAACCCUUCAGACUUUCUUUUCUGCCAUGAAAUGUUUGUAUUUAUUUUGGUCAUUUUUACGAGAAGCACUUUAUUCCCUUUCCUCUAACUGAUCUUGAAACAGAACCACCUCCUUCGGAAGAGGGACACGGUUGCCAAGGAGGACGCUGUAAGUAGCCAGCACAGCGGCCCUGGAGGUCACACCAUGCUCGCCCAGCACCCCACUGCGGAGCCAGGGGUCACUCACUCUGGGCCCAUGCCCCACAAGGCCGCCUGCCUGUGUGCGGACAGACUGACCUGUCAUGGAGUGGCUCCAUGACUGCAUUGUAGACAGAGUGAAAUGUAAAUGAGUAGGCUUUUGCUAGAGUCUGUGUAUGGUUUUUAAAGGGUUUUUGUGUGUGUGUGUUUAUGAGGUAAGAGCUUCUGUUCCAUGUGCUGGGGGAAAGCAGCUCCCAAAUAUCAUUAAAACCAGCUUAGUCUCUCCUUCGA